AUGGAUUCCGAUUUCAUGGCCAACAACACUAAAUUACAUGUUGUGAUGUUCCCGUGGCUGGCCUUUGGGCAUAUAAUGCCAUUCUUUGAGCUCUCCAAAUUCAUAUCUCAAAAGGGUCACAAAAUCUCAUUUGUUUCCACUCCGAGAAACAUAGAUCGUCUCCCAAGAUUACCUCUCCAUUUAGUUUCUUUGAUAACCCUAGUUAAGAUUUCAUUGCCGAAAGUUGAAGGGCUCCCUGAAUCUGCAGAGGCAACCAUGGAUAUCAGCAAUGAAGAUAUGCCCUAUUUGAAGAAAGCAUUUUGUGGGAUGGAAACUGGGUUGACUCGUUUCUUGGAAGAGUCACGUCCAGACUGGAUUAUAUAUGAUUUUACUCCACACUGGUUGCCUCCAAUUGCGGUAAGGCUUGGAAUUUCUCGUGCCACUUUUCGGGCCGUCAGUGCAUGGUUUUUAGCAUUUUUUGGACCAUCAGAGACUAUGAUGAACGGCCUAGAUGAAAGGAAAAAAGUGGAAGAUUUCAUGAUCCCUCCAAAAUGGGUUCGAUUUAAGACGAAAGUGGCUUAUCGACGAUAUGAAGCACGCUGGUUUGUUGGGUCAACUCAGAAGAAUGAUUCAGAAUUUUCAGAUGCAUACGUUAAUGGUAAGAUAAUUGAUGGAUCCGAGGUUAUUCUUCUAAGACACUGCCGCGAGUUCGAACCAGAUUGGUUGAAAUUGCUCGAAGAGCUUCACCAUAAGCCAGUGAUUCCAGUAGGUUUAAUGCUCCCCCAACUGGAAGAAAAUGACAAUGAAUCAUGGGUGUCAAUCAAAACUUGGCUUGAUAAUCAAAAUAUGGAAGCAGUGGUUUACGUGGCAUUAGGAAGUGAGUUAACGUUGAGUCAAGAUCAACUCAAUGAGUUAGCUCUCGGAUUGGAAUUAUCUGGGGUACCCUUCUUUUGGGCACUGAGGAAGCCAUCUCAGGCAGGUAAGUCUAGCUCAGUGGAUUUACCAGAGGGCUUUGAGGAAAGAAUUAAGGGCCAGGGUAUGGUGUGGAAGAGUUGGGCCCCUCAGUUAAACAUACUGAGUCAUGCCUCGGUAGGUUCAUUCUUGACUCAUUGUGGUUGGAGUUCUAUUAUAGAGGGACUCACUUUUGGUCACCCCUUAAUUGCCUUACCCUUUGUUGUAGACCAAGGUUUGAAUGCUAGAGUUAUUGCUGAUAAGCAGGUCGAGAUAGAAAUCCCGAAAAACGAUGAAGAUGGAUCAUAUACAAGAAGUUCGGUGUCCAAUUCGAUAAAGUUGGUCAUGGUUGAAAGUGGGGGAAAGAAAAUUCGAGGCAAUGCUAAAGAGAUUAGGGAAAUAUUUGGAGAUUGA